AUGUCUUCAAAGCAUGCGUGGAAAGUGAACUCAUACUUGUAUAUUGAGGCUAUCAUCGACAAUGAAGAGGAGGAGGAAGAGGAAGAGAAGAAGGAAGAAGAGAAGGAGGAACUGGCUGAAUUGCUCGCUGACAUCCAACAUGCUCAACAAGCUCAGGCAUGUCUUGAUGAUGCAUGUGUCGGCGAUGAUGCUGCUGAUGCAAAAGCCAUGGCCCAGUCUAUUACAGAGAGAGACCUGGCAGCUAGACGUGCACAGCAGGCCUCACAGUCGGGUGGCGCAGUCAUCUCUCUUGCCCUCGAUGGAAUUCACCUUCAAGCCACAGAAAAUGGUUUCCUCUCUCCUUGGGGCAAGAAGUUCAAAGGUGGCCUCCUGCAGCUCGAACUCACUUUGGACCAGGUGACUUUCGACGUCCACAUGACUCAAAACGACGUAUUCGUCUUCAAUGCAGCAAAAUUCAUGCCAAAGACAGUGAUAGCGAAGCUCAUCCUAUUCUGUGUUGACUUUGAACUGGCUGCAGGCAUGCACAUGAUUGUUAUACAGGGUGAGCAAUGCGACCUCAUCAGUGUCAUACAUUCAGUCAUUAGUGAACAGGCUACGAUAAUCAAUUUCUACCACAAGAAGUUGGAUGAUGAACUUUCAUCUCUUGUGCUACCUGUAACUCAGUUACACCCCCUUUGGGCAGCUGGUGAUGUGGUCAAAGUUAAGAUGGGCCUCCAUGCAGGCUUGGAAGGGCAAGUGAUUGCCGUAGAUAAUUUCGAUGUCACGAUUGUUCAUGUGAACAAAGUUGAGCAUGUACAUUCUACAUAUGAUGAUGCUUCCAAGUACUGA